CUGCCAAUGCCAAUGCGAGUACUGUGGCCACCGAUGCGAAUGACGACAGCUCAGAUGCUCUGCAAGCUCUGCAGAAUGAAGUUGCUGAGCUCAAGGCCAGCGCGGUGACUGAGAAAGCGGCGUAUGAUAAACUCAAGCACAGGGCAACCGACAUGCAAACUAAGCUCAAGACCUUCAUGGCUGAUAGGAAGAAGCUAAAGACUGAGUUGGAAACUUACAAGGUGUGUCACACACACUAUAU